AUGUCAAAUAUAUACUCUCCAGAGGCUCCGGCCUCGACUUCACAAAAUCAAAUGUAUUCCGGGACAGGGCAAUCUUUCGCAGAAAGAGCGAGGGCGAAGAAAGCGGCUAUGGAAGCGCGAUCGCAAGUUGCCCCCCCUCCCGGUUUGGCUGCUCCAUCCACUACUACAGCGGCGGCUCGAGGUCGUUCGAGGGUCCCAUCUCCAAAUUUCUAUGCUGUUCCAGACAAUAGAAGGCACGGUGGACCUAAGAUACUGCUUCCCGUCGCCCCAUCUCUCACACCAUCAUCGUCUAUUGCAUCCCCUACUUCUGAUCCAAGAACCCCAUCCCCGCCUCCUACCUCAAGGUCGCCUUUUUAUCAACUCCCAAAUUUAGGUUCGAAUUCUUCGAAAUCGACAAUGCAUGAAGGCAGCAGCCGCUCGAAGCCCACAUCGAAAACAUCCUCCUCUACAGCAAAUUCCUCAUCGACUGUUGUAGCAGCAACAGAGAAACGCCCGCAGAAUAUUAUCCGAAAGAAAACGAACGCUCAGACGACAGACUCUAAGAUGGCCAUGCGCACCGGAUCGACCACUAGUACAAACGCAUCCUCUGCAAGUUUCACAACAUCUACGUCAGCAUCCCAUAUGGGCGGAGGAUAUGGACAAAAUUCAUUGGUUUUCGGAAUUUCUAUGCCGCCGACAUCAUAUACAUACGGCUCAAGAACCCACACAACAACGGGGACCCGCCAGAAUCCAAGGACAAUCGCGCCGCCCCCUGGUUUAUCGACCACUCCGAGCGCAAGCAUCAUGCAAAGGACAAGAUCGGGGAGUGGGAGCCAGUCGUCUGCAACUUCGACGCGAUUGUCUGUUUCGGGGAUUGAUUCCCAGUUAGCCAGCCCAAAGGCAGGGGUGAUCCCACCUCCACUCACUAUUCCAGCUGCUGUUGCAGAGAACUACAACAGUAGCCCUUCUACCGAAAAUUGUGGAUCACCUGGUAUGUUCAGUCAUAAUUCUACACCCACAUCAUCUUCUACAAACCCCUCUUUAUUUCAGUCUCCGGGCUUUUCCCCACCUGUUAGAAGUGCCCGAAAUUCGAGCCCGGCCAGACCGUUGAUAUCGAAAUACGCAGGUGUAGCGGCCGCCACCGACAAGCUAGGAAAGGCGAUAGCCAUGAAAAAAAAGGAUGGCGAGGGAAAUACUCCCGAAGGCCCGAAGCAAACCAAAACCUCAUCGCGGAAUUCCAUGAUCCCUACAAACUCUGGUAUUGCGUCUCUCGCGGCUCCCAAAACCAGGGACAUUAAGGCGCCGGAGGCGACCAAGUUGGUCCAGCCGACUAAGCAUUUUAGAAAAACCUCAAAAGAUUUAUUUCCUUCAAAGUCAUCUCUUUCAGUUGGCUUCGCAGGCUUUCAUAUCCGUAAGUCCUCCAAAGACCUUACAUCAACAUCCGCUUCAUCUUCACAAGUUGGUCGACCACCCCAUUCUCGUCAGUCGUCUCGUGAUUCUUCAAAUAUCCGAUCUCCGGGCGAAGGCGCCGCAACUGCCGCUAGCUAUUUCCCUUCGACAUCCCCUAUUCCAAUACCUGUCCCAUCUUCCUCUACAACUUCUUUGAGACUUCCGCCUUCACGGCCAUCCCGAGAUGGGGCUCCAGACGACUUGGAAGGAUUCGGUUCCGAUGUCCCCGUGAUCCAGAGCGGCAUUGUCGCAACCAAGGACUCAAAGACUAAGGGACAAAAAAUGAAAAUCAUUACUUCUUCCUCCCUUCCAUAUCGUUCUGGGGCACCCUUCGGGACUGUGAAUGGCUCUACAUCCUCAGUAAAUUUAACAUCGACAUCUGUUCCAGGACAGUCAAAAUCCAUGCGUUCACCCACGCCAACUUCCGCAAAAGCGACUAAUAUCGUACAUGGAUUUACCUUUGCCACAUCAUCACCAGCGACUAGCUCUCAACCCACCAAAGGAACAGGAAGUUCUCCUCGUAAGCUAAAGAAGGAGGAUAAGAAGAACUCUGGUGACAAGAAUACAUUGGCCACGGUUACGCCCCCUUCUAGACCUAGUCUAUUCAGCAGAGGACGCACAAAAACUGUUCCACCUCCAGCGGCUUCUGCAGACAAGGAAAAGCCUCCGAGUCAAAGGCGACUUCUCGGCCCAUCCGCGGGAACGGGACACGAAGGAUAUCCUCAAUUCAACAAACCAGUCCGAAAUAGAAGCUCAAGUAGCGGCUCGAUUCCAACGGCUCCAACGAAGGCACAGGCGGUAGUCUCCACGCCGCCUGGAAGUUGGGGGAGGGCGGCUGGGGCGGCUGCACUCAAAAACGCGCCAAUUGAUUCCUUUCUUGCCCUCCGACUUGAACCUGUGGUCAUGAAAGGGGGUGCUAUCAAGCCACCUGGGGGGGUCGAGAUGGUCAAAACAGGAAGUUCUCAAAGCACAUCUAGUUUCUUACAAAGGCCUUCUACCAAGAAUGAGAGUCAAAAGAGUAGUCUUGAUCUUCCCAGGGCAGAAAGUAGUCAGGGACCCAAUAGCAGAGACCAUAGCGUGGACAUACCCCGAAAAAUCACUAACGAUUUUGCUGGGUUCGACUUCGGUCCCGAUGUCAUUGCACAAAAACAUCUCCCAGUUACUAUUGAUACAUCUAGCCAUUCCCGCCCUAGUACCGAAUCCCCAAUUUCCGCAAUCCUUUCACCAACAACCAAAAUUGGGCUGAGCAAAACAUCCAAAUCAACUCCAUCCAUAAGGGACGAAGAAAAGGAAUCGAAGCUGAAACAAUCGAAGCGACUUAUCCCACCAGCAGUUGGGUCGACUUCCCAGCCUGCUCGGCGUUGGAGGAUAUUCUCUAAAAUACAAUCAGCGCCUGGCCUCGUAUCAACGUCAGAUGUUCCUAAGGAUACCUCGAAACCAAAAGUUACCCCGAAACCUGCCUCCCAGUCCCUAUUGUCGAGGCAAGAGGCAAAAGUCGGCGAUGCCAACACGGGGGGUUAUAUUCGCGGUGUGCAUAGCCAACAUGAGACUAUACACAGCCCACCGAUUCGAAAUCAAAACCAUGAGAUACCACGGCUUGUAGCUCCUCAGAACCCACGGGAAUCGGUCUUGCUACCAGACCGCCCUAUUAUGCCCCGGCUCGUUGCACCCCGAACUCCCUCUCCCGUCAUCAGCGUCACGGCACCACCCGGGCUUCCAGCCCCCCAGAAAACUAGCAACGGUGGCCCUUCUACUGUUGGUCUCACUAGACCACCUCCCGGAUUGCCAAUUCCAGCGGAACUUCGGCCAGUAGUCUUUGCCAAAUCAACCACUCCUACGCAACCGUCUAAGCUUGGAAAUAGCUCUGAGACUUUGAAUAUGAGCCCUGUGUCUGCAUUGACAACUUCUCCAUCAAGUAUAACUAAAUCGGCUUCUUCAAAAACAUCGACUCGCCCAUCACCCGCGAACCUUCCCGUUCGGAAUGUCAUCCAAGAAGCUGUUGAGAAAACACAAAAGCUAUCUGACGUUUCUCGUGAUGAUGAUGACAGCUACGAUAGUAAUGAGUACACUGAUGAAGAAGACUACAUUGAUGACGGGAGAGAAGAAGAUCGCGCCAAGGAAAAUGCUGUCCCACCUGUCAGUGCCGGUUUUGUAUCAGUAAUAUCCCCACCCGUGACUCCCAAAUCGGUGACACCAGAGCCUGCCGCCAGCCCUAGCCAGGGACCUCGGCGACGCCUUGACGACUUUGCCCUCGGCCGAAUCCCCAAAGCUGGUAAUGUCGAGGGGUCUUCUAUUAGACUGCCAACAUUAGCAGAAAUUCUCCCGCCCCCACCGAGUUUACGCGCCCGACAGCAACCCUCGCAGCCCAUCAUGAUCCAUCCGCCUCGCCGUAUCGCCCACCAUCCGGUAGAACAAACACAACCAGCUAGCUCCGAAGAUGAGGACGAAGAUGAUGGCGGCGAGGGUAUCGACUACAUAAACACACGGAAGAUCCCCCUCUCCCGAUUAGCGCCUUUAGUCACCACCGGGUUGUCCCAAUUUCAAGUUUAUAACACUACCACUCCACACAGAAUUUCCAACAAUACAGAUGACUGGUCGGAGUAUGACGAUUUUAUCGAUGAAAUGAGCGCGGCUACUCCACGGAGCAAAACACCAUCCCUCGGGGCUCCAUUCCCAGAAAUUGUCAAAUUCAAGCCGGAUCUUCGGGACGAAAUUGAGCCCACACGCCGCCUUAAGGACUCUCCAACUUUACCCUCCGCUUCCACUUUCGGAGAUGUUACUAAAUUUGCACCUUCGAAUAAAAAGAAGUUGGUCCUUGAUCAAGGCAAGCUCUCUCAAGGAAGGCCUGUUGCUGCACGGCCCUUCUUUUCUCCAACCCUUCCUACGGCACGAAGCUCUCUUUUCGGCGGCAGUAUCAAGGAACUCAACUCCCAGCGCUCGUCUUCAACUUACAGCCAAAGGUCUUCCAGUAACCAAAAGACAAUUGCAUUCGCCGAUUUCAUCGCAGCCUAUGCCGAAGCCGACAGGGGUGUCAUGAGUGUUAUUGAUCCACUCGACAAAGCCAAAUGCCCGCCGCCCCAAGGGAGAAAAGUGGGCGUACUCUCGCCGAUGUCGUCCGUCACAGAUUUUGAAGACGAUUCUUCAACAGAUUCAGAAUCCUACCGGGAAAGUAUCAUCUCAGCAAUGCCCGGCACUGAAGACGCUCUCGAGGGCGAAAUGAAAGUUAGAUUAUGGGCACUGAUGACAAGCCGGUGGCUUUCUUUUGGUCGUGUCCUUGUUUCACCCGCACACGAGGAAAUCAAAUUAUCACCAUCUGGAUCCGCUAACAAAAGAAUUCUUGUUAUUGAUGGACUUGGAAAUGACGAUUGGUCCUUCUAUUGCUCACUCAAUUACCCUAAUGCCACCGUUUACAACCUGACACCUUCUCCAGCUAUUUAUCCAACAUCACCGGCCAGUGACCAACCGAAUCCAACCAGCCCGGCCGAUAACCUGAACAAUCAUCACCAAAUCCACCAUGUCUCCUUCGCCAGUCCCUUCCCCUUUCCGAGCGGCUUCUUCACUGUUGUAACAUUCCGAUUCCUGCCUUGCACAUCCGACGCUCUUUGGCCGUUUAUCAUAUCUCAAUGCAUGCGCGUUCUAAAGCCUGGCGGGUAUCUUGAGCUUAGUGUUCUUGAUAUCGAUAUGGUCAAUAUGGGGCCUAGGACAAAACGCACCAUUGAUGAGAUUAAAGUUAACCUGAGAAAACACCAGUCAGGAAAUGGUUCCGACUGGCACAAGAAGACACCGUCCGAGAAGGCUCUAAGACUCAUGGCAAAGCGUGGCUUUACGGACAUCACCCGAUGCAGAGUAGGGCUUCCUACCGUAGGAAACGUCGACGGAUCGAGGGAGGAGCAGGCAUCCAUGCAACAGAUUCUCAAGGAGGGCAACUCGCCAGAAGAAGUCGAUAUGGGCAGCGCCGAAGGUAUCAACCGAGUCGUCUCUAAGGUCGGACGAUGGUGGUAUGGCAAGUGUUUUGAAAACAUCGGCGAAGAGGUCCAAGGCGAAACGCUUCGAUACAAGAAGACUCUAUGGGAAGAUAAAACUCUUCUCCGGGAGUGUGAAAAGAAAAAGACAAAUUUCCGAAUGCUUAUUUCUUUUGCGCGAAAACCUACAAGUUAA